CAGCACUAUUUGGUUGCUAUCGUUCAAUCAGUCUAUCGAUAUCAACAAUAAGCACAUGCGAACAGGCAGCCUAAUAACGUUGAAAUAAGUUUUAUUAGCUUGAAGACAACAAUUGGGAAGCAUGAACAACUUUAAGACCACCGAAAUUGUCUCCGAUUCAACCGGAAAAGAAGAGACAAAAGCCCCCAAACGAAGUGUCGGUGGAAAAUCUAAGACACUCAGCGAUCUUGAUGUUAAAACAGUCAAGAUCGAAAAAAUGGUACCUGAUGUAGCAUAUCCAUGCACUUUGGGCCAGACAAAAACAUCGACUGGCACUGCGGCUGAUGUAUCCAGUAAGAGUGGACGCGACAGGUCCAGGAAGAGCCAGCAUGGUGCCAGAAGCAUAAGUGCUCACCCACAGCUCGAGUCGGUUGCUGCAGAUGGGCUGGGAGCCGGUGGAUCCAAGGCAUCUAAGAAACAGGAAAAGGCGAGCGCGGCCAUCAAAAGUUUUGUACAGAGCGAUGAGAUGCAGGGGCUCAUCAAGCGCAUCGCCAACGAGCGGAUUCGCUGCAACUUCCUGCUGACCGCCUAUCAGCUGCCCGACAUGAGCUUCACCCUCAACACGCCCAUGGAUACGCUACGCAAUAGGUUCGAGAAGCGCCUCCAGCAGCGUCGCGACCGAGGAUAUGCCAAUUCAACCUCCUCGGCUUCAUCCCCAGCCAGUUGCAGCCAGAAAUUACCCGCCAAGGGAGUUGCGAAGGCCAAAAACCCGUAGUAUUAUCAUCUUAUAGUAUAUAAGCAUAAAAUGAAAUAAAAGAUUUCGUAGUUAAGCUAUUUGUAAGAAGCAAUAGAUUAAAGAACAGUUCCCUUCAAUAUUAUUCAAGACAA